UCCAUGAUUACGCAUUUGGUCUUUUGCACCACUAGUGGUGUGGAUAUUCCUGGGGCAGACUACCAACUCACUAAACUUCUUGGACUUGGUCCAUCAGUCAAACGAUACAUGAUGUACCAACAUGGUUGUUUCGGUGGUGGUUCUACUCUUCGAUUAGCCAAGGACUUGGCUGAGAAUAACAAGGGUGCUCGAGUCCUUGUUGUUUGCUCAGAAAUCAAUGUGUUCGGCUUCCAUGCCCCAAGUGAAACCGACAUUGAAGUUUUGGUUGCGCAAGCCCUGUUCGGUGAUGGGGCAUCAGCUAUCAUUGUUGGUUCAGAUCCAGUCCUAACGGUGGAAAGGCCUUUGUUUGAGCUUGUAUUCACAACUCAAACUCUUCUCCCAGACAGUGGAUAUGCAAUUACUGCUAGCCUCAAUGAGGCUGGGCUGCUACCUAAAAUACAUAAGGAUACUCCAAGGCUAAUCUCAGAAAACAUCGGAAGAGUCCUAGUGGAAGCAUUCCAACCUCUUGGCAUUUCUGACUGGAACUCCAUCUUUUGGGUAUCUCAUCCAGGUGGACGCGCAAUUUUGGAUCAAAUUGAAUUAAAGUUGGGCCUAAAGCUUGAAAAACUCAAGCCUACAAGGAAUGUCAUGAGCGAUUAUGGGAACAUGAGCAGUCCUAGUGUUUUGUUUGUUUUGGACGAGAUGAGGAAAGCCUCUAUCAGGGCAGGAAUGCGUACCACCGGUGAAGGUCUCGACUGGGGCGUGCUUUUAGCUUUUGGGCCUGGGUUAACUAUUGAGGCAAUCGUCCUCCGCAGUUUCUCUAUUUAGCCUGGGAUUUAUACUGUGGGUUAAAUAAAGAAAUGGUGGGUUGGAGAGAUGUUUUAGCCACUGAAAUUUAUCUUGAUGACCCUUCAGACGCCACUAAAGGACUUCAUGUAGUGUGUUUUGUUACUACUAUAAUGUAUGUGUUUGCUUUCUUGUAACUUUAGUCGCUUUAUUUAAGUUUACCUUAAAAUAUGGAUAGAAAUAUGUAUUUAAGUCUCUUU